AUGUACGGAAAUUUACUAAAUAAAAUUUUUGAGUAUUUACAUAAUUUGAAAGUAGAUACUGAACAAUCCUUAAAAGAUUUAUCUCAGUCGGAAAUCGAAAUUAAUUAUGACAAAGUUCAAAAGUAUCUGCACAAUUUAGAAACUGCCGCAUGGACAAAAAAAUAUCGAAAUAAAGAAUAUUCACUUAUCUUAACAGAAGUUAAACAACAAUUAACUGAGCAUAUGAAUAUUAGGAAAAAAUAUAUUAUGGAAGUGAAUUUAGAUAUUGAAAAUUAUGAUAAAAUCAAGACCAUUUACAAAAUAGUAUUAAAUUGGAAUAAAAUGAGGUAUUUAGAGAAUUUUGUUCCUGACAUAAAUCAAUGUCUCGAUGAAGCUCAUCGUCGAUUUCAAUAUGAGAUAAAUAAAGUAUGCAGUUCUAUUAAGAUUGAAAGAUCAUUUCGUUAUUUAGAUGCUUGUCAAAGAAGUCAUUUUUCAUUCGAAAAUGACUGUACACUUAUAUGGAAUGAUUUGAAAAAGUUCAUCAAUCAUUAUAGUUGUUUUAUUCGAGAAGAAAUUGAAAUGCAUUUUGAAACAAUGAAUAACUUAGGAAAUAUUGACAAAGAAAAGAUUUCUGAAACUUGUCGUGUAUUAUCAAAUCGAUUGAUAGAAGUUUUCGAAAUAAAACAAAAUUAUUCCUAUGUUUUUUCUUCUUUUUCACAUAUAAAUAUUGAGCAUUGGCAAAAAGUAUUGUCUAGACAUCAAAUCGAAUUAGAACAUGAAAUUGCAAAUCUGUAUGAUACACAUCAAAUUAAUUCCUUAGAGAAUAAACUAACUACUGUCAAAAUCUUAAUUAGAUUUGAUAGAUUUUUGGAAGGAAACAAAUAUUCUGAUAUUCAUUCAGAAUAUUACGAGAAAUUACAACAACUUCAAAAGAGAAAUGAUUUUUGUAAAAAAGUAACAGAUGCUAUUAAACAACAUGACUAUAUGGUAGUUGCUCGAGAAAUCGAAGUAUUAAAAUCUUCAACGAAUGUAGCAGAAGAUUUCUAUGAGAAAAUUAAACAGAUUCUGAAUCAAGGAUUUGAUGAUUUGAUAGAAGAUACAGAAAGACAAGCAACUGAGAUUCAAUAUGAUUUAGAAAUAGAAUUAAUUAAAUCAAUUGGAAAAAAUAUUAAACGAAUUGAAAAUGCAAAGAGAUAUGUGUCGGAAUAUGUUGAUACAUCAAACAAACUUGAUAAAUGUCUAGACAAGGUUAAGUCAACGAUUAUGAGAACAUUUAGAUUGAUUUUGGACAAAGUCAAAGAACUCGUCAAUGUUAACGACAUUUAUCAAAUCGAUCAAAAAAUAAGUUUAAUAAGUGAAGCACAUAUUUUAUUAGGUAAUUAUUGUGACACAAACAUUUUUGACGAUAUUCAAGCAAUUAAAGAGGAACAAAAACGGAUUGUUUUGAAUGACAUAGGUGAAAAAUAUUUAGAUAUGGACCUUGAUAAUUAUUCAUUGUAUCCUCCAAAAGCACUUAUUAUCAAGAUCGAAGAAGCUAAGAAAACGAACAAUUUAUUUGAACCAGCAUUAGAGAAAAUAAA